GUUAUGAACCGGGUGCCAAAAAUUUAGUUCCUUGCCUGACUUUGUUUUGUGUACCAAAUUUAAGUUUCUGCAGCUAGAUAGAUCAAAUAAAUUAAGUCAAAUUUCCCAAACAAGUGAAUCUUAGACAUGGAGGCCGAUGAGAAUCUCGUCCUGGACAAUGAGGCAGCAGAGAUUGAGCGUAUGAAGCUACCCCAAGAGGAAAAGAAACCCACCGAUCCCGAGGAGGAGGACGAAAGAAUAGCACGCAUCGACUUCCUUUGUUCCGGAUGCGAAAUGCACGAGAUGGUUCACUAUUUUGGAAGGAAACCACCCUUUUCCCUGGCAAUCAAGUAUCCGGAGGAUAACUAUGUGAUGCGCGAUCCGUUUCAGCCACCUCCACCUCGUUGGCAUACGAAAGCGGAAUACUAUAUCUCUCUGGGGGCCAAGUGCUCUAUUUGCGCGAAGACAGUGUGCAAGGAUCCAGGUUGCAGCUUUUACUACACGGCCACUUUUUGUAUGCCUUGCGGCCAGGAAAAGCUCAAGAACUGGCCAGUGGAGGCACAAGCCCGCCUUCGAAAGCAACUAGCAGCCAGUAAGGAAGACAAAAAAUAGAUUUAAAAGUGAAAAUAUAUAAGUACGUUGCCUAAAAUAUUGAAUUUAGAAAUCAUUUUUUUAUUGAAAGUAAAAUAAAGUGUUUUUGAAUUCUUACAAAAUA